CCUGUCUUGAAAAACCUAACAGCAACAAUAGACAAACAAACAAACAACACCACCAAACAAAAAACCCAAACAAAACACGAUGAUCUACUAUUUGAAAGGGAAUGACGACUCUCUCCAGCAUUGGCAUAGACUAAGAGUCCACUCAAGGUGUUGAAGAUUUCCACUGCCUCCCAAUCUUGACUUAAGGAUCAGAGAUGGGUCAGACAGAGACAUGCGAAGGACAUAUUGUGGAGAUCUUUCCUGCUUGAAGCCUGAGUUGGCCUCCAGGUCUCCCUAGUAUAUACCAUUAGUGCAGGUAAAAAGGAUGUUUCAUGUGUAGUUCAGAGUAAGAAGCAAGGCUCCAGAGGCCAGGGAAUCCACCCAGCGUCUAUCCACUGCCACUGUGAUUAUUCACUUAUCAGUGAUCUUUUUUUUAAGAUGAUUGCCCCCUGCAACGCCCACUGGACCCAGAAAAGGGUGUUGGGGACUUCAGAGUGCAGAGAGUCUGUAGGAAGCCUUGAAAAUGGGAGUUGGAGGUGAUCUCUGGAGAGCCGCUCUGCAGAAAACAAAGCAAAGCCUAGCUGGCUUGGGUGCCCUUGGUCUUCUCCGGCUCCCCAGCUGCUGUGCUUUGCCGGCGACAUGGUGACGAUGGAGGAACUGCGGGAGAUGGACUGCAGCGUGCUCAAAAGGCUGAUGAACCGAGAUGAGAACGGCGGCAGCGCGGGCAGCAGCGGCGGCAGCCACGGCGCCCUGGGGCUGCUGAGCGGCGGCAAGUGCUUGCUGCUGGACUGCAGGCCGUUUCUGGCUCACAGCGCGGGCUACAUCCGAGGCUCGGUGAACGUGCGCUGCAAUACCAUCGUGCGGCGGAGGGCCAAGGGCUCCGUGAGCCUGGAGCAGAUUCUGCCCGCCGAGGAAGAGGUGCGCGCCCGCCUGCGCUCUGGCCUCUACUCGGCUGUCAUCGUCUACGAUGAGCGCAGCCCGCGCGCCGAGAGUCUCCGGGAGGACAGCACAGUGUCGCUGGUCGUGCAGGCGUUGCGCCGGAACGCGGAGCGCACAGACAUCUGCCUGCUUAAAGGUGGCUAUGAGAGGUUUUCUUCUGAGUACCCAGAAUUCUGCUCUAAAACUAAGGCCCUGGCCGCCAUCCCACCCCCCGUACCUCCCAGCACAAAUGAGUCCUUGGAUCUGGGCUGCAGCUCCUGUGGGACCCCACUGCACGACCAGGGGGGUCCUGUGGAGAUCCUUCCUUUCCUCUACCUCGGCAGUGCCUACCACGCUGCCCGCAGGGACAUGCUUGAUGCCCUGGGGAUCACGGCUCUACUGAAUGUCUCCUCAGACUGCCCCAAUCACUUUGAGGGACAUUACCAGUACAAGUGCAUCCCGGUAGAAGAUAACCACAAGGCUGACAUCAGCUCCUGGUUCAUGGAAGCCAUCGAAUACAUAGACGCAGUGAAGGACUGCCGAGGGCGAGUGCUGGUUCACUGCCAGGCCGGCAUCUCUAGAUCAGCCACCAUCUGCCUGGCCUACCUGAUGAUGAAGAAACGGGUGAGGCUGGAGGAGGCUUUCGAGUUCGUCAAGCAGCGCCGUAGCAUCAUCUCGCCCAACUUCAGCUUCAUGGGCCAGUUGCUGCAGUUCGAGUCUCAGGUGCUCACCACGUCCUGCGCAGCGGAGGCCGCCAGCCCUUCCGGGCCCCUGCGGGAGAGGGGGAAGGCCACUCCCACCCCCACCUCGCAGUUCGUCUUCAGCUUCCCCGUGUCCGUGGGUGUGCACGCGGCUCCCAGUAACCUGCCGUACCUGCACAGCCCCAUCACCACCUCCCCCAGCUGUUAGGACUAGUCACGGGACACCGAGUCCAGAGUCGGCCCCAGCCAGUGUGCAAGCCACAUGUGAGGAGCGAAUAGGGACUGACCAGUGGGGGACCAGGUGACCGUCCCCAUCCAUUUCUCCUUGGCCGACCACAGGGCCAGCUAGGAUGGCAAUAACUAUGACUUUGAAUACACAUUUAAAACAAACACAGCUAAACACCCACAGCCUAGAGCAAUAAGAGCAGCUUCCGCUGCCAGAGAAGACUUGGAUUUUGUGUCCGUUUUUCCUUUGCAGGUAGAAAUUUACCUCAUUAUUAUUAUUAUUAUUUUUUAAAGCAAUCAAGCUUGAAAGUUAUGAAGCCCACAGAUCCUGGCAAAUGUGCCCAACCAGUUUUAUUGAGUGGAGAGGGAAGGAGGAGAAAGUUGAGUUUGCCAGAAAAGUGCCUGGUUCUGUGUGCAUAUUCUUCUGUUGUUGGACCCACAGCAGUUUUGUUCUAGAUCCUUCUAGGCCACAGUAUUCUGGUUAGCCGUCAACUGGAUAAUUGAUGUUUAAUGAGUAUUGAGAACCUGAGCAUGUGUGUGUGUGCGUGUGUGUGCAGGAGUCUGGUGGCUUUGGGAUAUGUUUCUGUUGAGGUCACACACAGAGACACAAAGCUGUGCUGGCGGUGAGGGGAGUGUGGCAGGUAGGUGGUCGCUGGGGUCACCGUCUUUCAUCGUUGCCACUGAGAAGCAGGCAGGGUGACUUGCAAGGAACAAGGUUGGUCACUUUUUGCAGCUGGCUCCUGGGCCCACUGACCCAGCCGGGCAAGCUUUUCUCUCUAGUUUGACUGCGGGUAGAGCAUUUGGCCUAGGAUCUGGAUAUCGUCUGGGGAAAUGCCAUCUUUUCUAAGGUGCUCCUGGAAAACUGGGUGCAAUUCAGAUUUUCCUACCGUGAAUCAUUUUGGUAAGGCCAGCUCAGAACCAGAUCACUGAAGAUGAACUAAAAAUGAAUCUCCUCUUGGCGUUGAUCUCCUCCCUCCCUCGGAUAAAUUGGGCGUUUCAGUUCUAGGAGUUUACUUGAAGUAUACAUACCAAGAAAUUCUUGUUACGAAAUCCCUGUCAAGUGAAUACUUUGAAAAGUCCUCCCUCUUUUGAGUAAAAAGAUAAGUGUAUGUCUGACUUGGGGCUCCUUACGGUCUGGAAGGGAGAGAGCAGAGUUGGGGGGCUGCGUGCUAGCUCCUAUCUUACUGAUAGUGACUCAGAAGCCAUGUUGGGUUCUGACUGGGCCAACACCAUUUUAAAAGAGCCUUUCCAAGUGGAGGAAAGGCAUUGGAGUGUGUUUUCUAGGGGGAAGGUGCAGGGUGGGGAGGGAACCUGUUUCGUCUGUAGUUUUGGGGGACAGUUUUGUGACGGCAUGUCAGAUUAGAUAGAGGUCACUGCAGACCUGGCAGAAAUGAGCACGGUCCCGCCCCCCUCCCCCACUUUGAGCAUAAAUAUAAAACUACAAGUGUCCACGUUACAUCAUGAUGGAAUGCUUUCUCAUCCAGAGUCCCAGACAGCCCGGGCUCAUGGUUUUUCCGUCCAUGAAAAGGGGACUUACGUUGCUAUGACUUGUAUUGGGUGGCCUGUGUCAAACCCCACCUUUGGCUGAGAAGCAAGGGGUGUCCUGAUUCCCUGACUGCCGCUUGGCUGAAGGCAUGGAGGGGCUGAGCUCCUCGACGCUGGACUGCCUAUGCCUAGUUGGAUGGUCCUACGUUUGCCCCCUGCUUCCUGGCAGCUGUUUCAUGUUUGGUGAAGAAUUAGAUGAGAUGUGUUUUUGUAGCUAGGCAAGUCCUGGGUUCCCAGAGUAAAGGGUAUGUGGAGAGCAGGUAUCUGUUAGACUACAUUCACUUUCUAUAUGAGUGCUUGCCAAAUGUGUCCUAGUUCCCAGACUGGAUCCCAACUGCACAGGCAGUGGGAGCUCCAAAUGUCCCUCCCCUGCUUCCUAAUUCAAACCUCCUAUGACAGUGUCAAGGGGCUAUUUAUAAAGUCAUGUUCUUUGUACUUGAUAACAGCAUGAGACCCAAAACUCUUAGAAAAUAGGACACUGGUUUGAUUGAAAAAAGGGGAGGCACACCUUAAACAUAUUCUCCAGAAGCUUCUCUGAUGGCUUGGAAUAGCUCUAAUGACGACCGUGUCCCAAGGGUCAAGGACCAUUUCCCGUCCAUGAGCUGAUUUCUGGUGAUGGGGAGUUUUGGAAAGUCAGAAAGAAAGCCAUUGAGUAUUUGUAGUAUUUGUAGGAGAAUGAGGUUUUCCUCCGGAAACUUGGCUCCCUCCAUGGUGUUCCUGGGACCCUGAGGGCUAAAGUACAGGUGAGGCAGUGGCUGGCAGUUCUCAGCUCCAUUCUCCCCUGAGACCUUGUGCUCUUGUUCUUGGCUUUCUGUAAGACUGGGGAAGCCAAGGGAGGGGUUUGAGAGUCCUUGAGAAGGAGGCAGGAAGGAGGAAGAUUGAUAGUUACUCCCAAGGGGAAGGGACUGGGUGGUGGCCAAGGAAGCCUGUGGCAGUGAUAACAGUAGCUCAUCUGGGUUCAUAAUCACCUGGGUAGCCUUUAAAAUCCUCAUAUCUAGGUGACCCUUGACCAAAUAAACCAGGACGUGGGGGGUGGGGGGGUGGGAAAACGGGACUUAGACACCGAUCUGUUACAGUGUUCACUGUUAUGUGCUUUGACUGGAGACACCAUUGCUUGGGGAUGGUGAAAGCCAGGUCUUGUAGGCACAGAGUAGUAAACAGACGGUACAGUAGGGCUUUGUAACAGGGUCACUGUGGUCCCGCUCUCCACAGCUGGCUGAGGGAAUGCUGUGGUUUCUUUGUGGGGAGCCCGAAUGGGAACCAAUUUGUGGAGCAUUGUGAGUGGGCUCAAUAUAGUGUCUGGGUGUUGAUGUGUUUCCUUAAAUUUUGUCUGCAGGAAAGAUGGAGAAAGUAUGUGUCUGUUUUGAAGUCCUCCUUCUAGUGCCCUAUCCUUCCUUAGAACUCACGAAUCAUUCAAGGGACUUCAGAAAGAUAACAAUGCAAUACUUGUAACGUGUGUAAAUAGCCCCCGUCUUUCUGAGUGCUGUCAUUUCUACAUUUGAUAUGCUCGUAUUUCUGUAGGUUGUACCUUGUUUUCUAGAAGAGUCAAACAUGUCUGUUUUUAUUUAUUGCUUGAAAAAAGAUCAUUUGAAGAAAAAUAAAUACAUUUUCAACCA